CAAUUGCUGAAGCAUCUCUUUUGCCAGUUUGCUGUAUUUGGGGAAACUGAGGAGAAAACAGAGGGAACUGCCUUUAUUAGCACAAGAGGAUAUCAGAGAGAUAGACAGCAGCAAUGACUGAACCAACAGCUGCAGAGAGAGAGAAGAAGAAAGUGGUUCUGAGUGGGCGAAGAGCACUCCCACCUAAUGUCUCCAAUGAAGAAGAAGAAGAGGUUCCUACCAUGGAGACGAUUGGUGCGGUGCCAAGGGGAUUUAAGCUGGAAGAUGUUCUGGAAGUCCAGGAAGUCCAUAUGUUCAAUCGUGAACAUGAAAUCAAUAAACGGCAGCACCAUACAGACAAAUACGACAACCUCAAGCUGAUUGUGCGCCGAGGCCAGUCGUUCCAUAUCCAGCUUUCAUUCAACCGCCCAUACAAUCCAGAAAAGGACCAAUUUUGGAUUGAAUAUCUUAUAGGGCGAUACCCACAGCAAAACAAAGGCACAUACAUCCAAGUCCCUUUGGUUCAAGAGCUGCAAAGUGGGCAGUGGGGUGCAAAGAUCACUCACAGUGGUGGGCACUCAGUAGCCCUAAAUAUCAUGCCAGCUGCAAACUGCGUCGUGGGAAAGUUCCGCAUGUACAUUGCAGUCUUGACUCCAAUUGGCAUUCUCAGGACGAGACGAAACCCAGCCACGGAUACCUACAUACUAUUCAACCCCUGGUGCACUGAGGACCCCGUGUUUCUGGAUGAUGAAAGAGAAAGACAAGAAUAUGUCCUGAAUGACCUUGGGGUUAUUUUCUAUGGAGACCCUGAAAAUAUAAGAUCCAGGAGCUGGAAUUAUGGUCAGUUUGAAGAGGGUGUUUUGGAUGCUUGCCUCUACCUGAUGGACAGAGCACAACUGGACCUCUCUGGCCGAGGGAAUCCACUGAAAAUCAGCCGUGUGGGCGCUGCAGUGAUUAAUUCCAAAGAUGACGAAGGUGUGAUCGUUGGGUCAUGGGACAAUAUUUAUGAUUAUGGAGUCGCACCAUCAGCUUGGACUGGCAGUGUAGACAUCCUGCUGGAAUACCAUAGUUCUAGAGAACCAGUGCGAUAUGGACAAUGCUGGGUCUUUGCUGGAGUGUUCAACACAUUUUUGAGAUGCCUUGGGAUUCCUGCAAGAGUUAUCACUAACUUUUCCUCAGCCCAUGACAAUGAUGCCAAUUUGCAGAUGGAUGUCUUUGUGGAUGAAAAUGGGAAGGUGGAUUCCAGACUCACAAAAGACUCAAUCUGGAAUUACCAUUGCUGGAAUGAAGCUUGGAUGUCCAGACCUGACCUUCCUGUUGGUUUUGGAGGCUGGCAAGCUGUAGAUAGCACUCCGCAAGAGAACAGUGAUGGCAUGUAUCGAUGCGGUCCAGCUUCUGUUAAAGCCAUUAAACACGGCCACGUCUGCUUCCAGUUUGAUACACCUUUUGUUUUUGCAGAGGUCAACAGUGAUGUUGUAUACUCAAAAACAAUGAAAAAUGGAGUUAAGUUGGUGCAACACGUUGACAAGACCCAGGUUGGUAAAUUAAUUGUAACAAAAGAAGAAGGUACAGAUAAAAUGAAGAACAUCACUGAAGAAUACAAAUUCCAAGAAGAUACUGAGGAAGAGAGACUGGCUCUGGAGACUGCCUUGAUGUAUGGUGUUAAAAAAAGUAUGACCCAAGAUAUCACACCCUCCAUGGAGGUCGAUAUGGACUUUGUGGUGGAAGACGCAGCCCUUGGCAGUGAUUUCAAUGUCAAUAUUACUUUCCGAAACAAUACCGAAAGCCGUUACACUGCGACAUCUUAUCUUUCUGGCAACAUUGUAUUUUAUACUGGUGUCUCAAAGAAUGAAUUCAAGAACCACAGUUUUAAUGUAACAUUGGAACCAAAGCAAGCUCAAACUGUCGAGGUGCUAAUCAAGUCGAGGGAGUACAUGAGCCAGUUGCUGGAACAAGCCUCCCUGCAUUUCUUCGUCACGGCCCGUGUCAAUGAAACACAAAAGAUCCUGGCCCGGCAGAAAAGCGUAGCGCUGAAAAUCCCCCAGCUUCUCCUUAAGGUUCCUGGAGAGAAAGCAGCUGGUAAGGAAAUGACAGUGAUCGUGGAAUUCUCCAACCCACUGAAUCAGGACCUCAACAAUGUCUGGCUUCGACUGGAUGGACCUGGUCUUCUGAAACCAACCUCGAAACUGUUCAGAGAGGUUCCAAGGAAUUCAACCUUGACCUGGGAAGAAAAAUGCAUUCCAAAGCAGGCUGGUCACCGAAAGCUGAUUGCAAGCUUGAAUUGUGAUGCCUUACGACAUGUCUAUGGGGAGCUGGACAUCAAUAUUCAGAGUGCUGUGUAAAGCUUUUCCUUCCUCCUUCUCUCACCCACCUCCUAGUAUUUCAGAAAUUUCAUUACAAAAAAAAACAUAGGUUAGAAGUAUAACUGCAAGGGUCAUAAUCCAAGAGUUGAAUUAUAAAUCCUGUGCAUAGUAAUUUGCUGUUUUGCUUUCUAGAAACUGCCUCACAAAAAUCAGAAAGCCCAUUCUUUAAAAAGCAGACCACCAUGAAUUGAACCUGCCCCAAUGAAAGAGAGGCUAACAUUACAGGAGUGCAUUCUGACAUGGACUAUGUCAGUAGUUUGGGGAUUUUCAGCCAAGGCAGUAUUUACUGUUAUUUCAUUUAUACCCUUCUUUCCCUCAAAUCAGUAUACUGUACAUACACCCUUUUUUCAUCACGUGUUUGUGAGGAAGGUUAGUCUGAGGGGCAGUGAAUGGGCAAGGAGGUCAAUGAGAUUCUUGUCCUAGUGGAGAUUUAAAUCCAAACCCACUACUCUAGCCAACAGAAGGGAACUGUUUGCCCUGUGGAUCAAAUGCAAACUCUCAAGGCUUCCCAUGUGGCCCACAAACAUCCAAGGGCUCUUGGACACUUCCUGCCUCCCUGUGAAAGACACAUUUAAAGGCUCUUUCAAUCCCUUGGCCUGUUUUUUAAUAUAUUUUUUAAACCAUGGAGUCCAAAUACUUUAUUUAGUUGCAGGAAAUGUGGUACAUUAUGAUCAAAACAUCUGCACUACUUAGGCUUGGAUCCCAGAUACCAUAAAUAAAUACAGAAUUUAGCUGAUUUCAGACCUGUCAGAUCAUGGCAGCUAAUGGGGGACCAGAUUAAAAUGGAUCCCACAGGAAGGGCAGCGCUGAAGUUCAUGCUUGUGCAUCCAGAACCAGAUCACUGAGUUGGUGUCCUCUUCCCAGAUACAGUCCUCUUAUCUGUGAUUGAAGGGAGAAAUUACUCUUUGGUCAUUUCCAGUUUUAAAGAAAGGCGCAGGUGCAUCUGUCCAAGGUCUGAGACUUUGUGAGAAUGAGGAGACUUCAGUGGCUGACAACCCCUCUUUAGCCACCACGUCAUACUAGUGAUUAUGGUACCUGUCACAAUUUCACCCACAAGUUCACCAUUCUUCUCAACCCCAAAUCGUCUCUGCUUAGAAUUAACACUGAAUUGGAUAUGUGCAUAUCCAGUGCUGGAAGGAACCAGAACAACCAAAGUACUUCAAAGCACAAAAAUUGCUCAAGAUUAAAUAAUAUUAAUCCAGUGAAAUAUCAUGUCAUGUUUUUCCUGCUGGAAAUUCACUUGUAAUUAUGACUUGAUAUUUCAUUAUUUUUUCAACCAGGAUAGAAACUGCCAAAUAUCAUUAAAAGGCCAUUUUUAUUAACUAAGUAGCUGUAAUCCCAUAACUUCUUCAGUGUAAAAUAUUGCUUAAUGCGGGAGGGGUGUGUGUGAGCAUUUGGGCAAAUAUUUUUGUUUGUUUGUUUUAAAGCUAUAAUGUGUGAAAAACAAUUUAAACAUGAGCAAAAACACUCAUAAUUUUGCCCAGUGGAAAGCAAGCAAACAAGAACAAAAUGAAAUAAAUGUAGAUUUAUAUCCCUACUCAUAACUUCUUGUCCUUAAACAAUUAUUAGCAUUAUUAAAUAAGUUCAUGCCUGGUAGAAAAUCACUCAGACAUGAUUAAUAAAAGCUGUCAGUGACACACAUCUAAACUAAAUUCUAAAAGAAUUCUAUUACAAUAAUACAAAGGGAUAAAAGAAACACUGUCCUGAAAGACUAACGUCACUACCCUUCCAUUGCUCAAUACAUUUGCCUGCCUUAACAGUGAGAGCAGAAGUUAAAACCUAGCACUGAGGGACUUCAUUCAGCCUUCAUUCGCCAGUCACCAUGGUUAGGAAUUAGGAAGGUGAUCGUCCAAAGAAUCAAGUGGGCUGAAGGUUCUCCAGUCCUUAUAUACAUGCCUACAUACAUACAUGCCUACCUAUAUAUAACUGCAUUGAGUUCAGUGUAGGGUUGCCAAGCAAAAUAAGGUAAAGGGCUUCCAUACCUUUAAUAGUUGUGCAGAAAAGGAGACUACAAGUUCCACUUGUUACACAACCAUUAAAGGUACAAUUGUCUCAUCCCUUAUUUUGCCUGAUAAUGCUAGUUCAGUUGGGCUUCCUCAUAGGUAAACAUGCAUAGGAUUGCCAUUGAAGGUGCAUUGGUCAAGCUUAUUUCUUGAGAUAACCUCUUAACUACAAUGUGCAGUGUUAAUGAACAUAGUUUGCAUGUAAGCUCUGGUUUAUGUUAUUUGUACACAUCAUGUUGCCAGCUUUUCACUUCUGUGUAAAAGAGCCUUCUGUGCCUUAAAAGCUUGUUUGUCUCAUUUAUCAACCAAAACAUUGCAAUAAAAAGAUUGCUUUACUUGGUUGUGUUGCCUGCAUUUCAGAUUGACGUUUAGCUGAGCUACUUUCUUACAAGUUAUAUUAGAGAAAUACAAUAAGGCAAGUUCAGGACUGAUGCCUGCAGUUUCCCCCCACUAGGCUCACACACUGUAGUCAAACCAUACUGGAGUGACAGCAAGGUCACAUAGGUUCAGGUGUGACAAUCAUGUUUAUUUCAGAGGUUGUGGAAAUUUGUAAAGCCUUUUGCUUUGAGAUAUUCACAUUUAUUCUUACAGAUGCUCUUACUACUACAACCAGAAACACCAGCUUCACAUCAAAACAGGGUUAUCUUAAGAACAGUCAGACAUGUAUUGGGCAUUAUAGUUCUUAGGAAGAGAAAUCAAAGAAUUUCAUUCCAUGCCACAGGAGCAGAUUAUGAAUUUAAUCACUAACAUUUUUAAUGUUAGAAAUCCCAGCUUUCUGUUAUCAUGUAAUUUUGAUCAGAGAAGUUUUAUUUGGUAUAGCCAAACUAUUUUAAAAUGUGUUGGUUUUCCCUGGCUCUUAGGAUACAGGUUGGAAAGGGAGAAAGGUGGAACUAUAUGUCAGGCAAGGUUCAUAGGCCUGUGAACAAUCAGGAAGGAAAACAUGAUGAUCAAUGACUCUAUUCUAGGUCCAAUCUGUUUUGGUUCUUUCAUCCAUUUCUAAAGUUCAUAUCAAUGAGGACUUGAAUCUUGUUUCUUGUUAAUUAGGAAUAAUCCUUCCCCCAUUCUUCCCCCAUCCUUGUACUCCUCUUUAAAUGAUUUUAUGUUGACAUCCUUAAUUUUAGCAGUAGGUAUCUGUACCAUCUAACUUAAAAAUAUAUAGAUAAUGAUUGGCUCUUGCACUGGUAAGCUGUGGGAUUUGAAUGUCUCGUCAAUAUAUCUAGUUAUUUCUACAUCUGAGGCUAAACAGAUAUAAAUCUGAAUGGUACUUGAAUAGUAAAUUCCUAAGAAUCCCAUUGGCUAGCCUGAGAAGGGGGAAAAUCAAAUGUAAGCAAUUAAAAUGUGUGUUGAUGACAGGAGUGGCAGAUAAACUAAUAUUAUACCAGCAGUUUUCAUAGUUGACAAGUGACUUGUGGUUUACCUAGCUGUUAGACACAAAUGCAAACAACAAACCUAGCCAUUCCCACAUCAUCACUAAAUAGAAGGAAAAAAUGUACACAUAUUUGCAUAAAAUUUUUAUACAGUAUGCAGCUUUUAUGUGUAUGUGUAAACUUGGGAAUAACCACUAUCAUUUAAAUAGAAAGACAAUGUCUCUCACCAUAGUGGUAAAGAGUGUGACCAGGUAUGUAUGCUUCCUGAUGAAAGUUUUUGGUGCAAUAACCCUACUUCAUUCACCUAAUUUUACAGGAUAUCAGUACAUCAUUGUCUUCAGCAGUUUGUAACUCUCCCAUGUCUUUCCAUUGCUCCACCUAUCUUUUUUUCUUUCCUGUC